CUGGUCUUAUGUACGCCACUAUAGCCGGGAAUCUGGAAGUAAUGAGGGAACUGCUGUCCGUUGGCGCCGAUGUCGAGGUAACGGAUGAGGAAGAAAGGACAGCGCUGAUUUACAGUAUCGUCAACAAACAGACGAAAGCUGCCAAGACUCUCCUGGCUUAUGGUGCUGACAUUAACGGCAGGGGCAUCGAUGGUGACACGGUGCUCAUCGAGGCCAUCAAACAGGGUCAGGAGGCCAUGGUGGAGGUCCUGCUGCAACACUGCCCGGACAUGAGCCUCGAGAACAUCAACCGAAAGACGGCCUUCACAAUUGCCCGAGAAAGAAGUAACAAAAACAUAAGGGCAAUGAUUGAAGCCCACGAGUCCAUGACGUGCAGUGACAAUGGGCUGGCUUACAUCCUUGGGAGUGUGAAGUACGACAGCUGCCGCCAACAACAGUGCUGCCACGGCAUCUGGAGGAAUACCGGCUUAGCCUUGGCCUCCUGCGGUACUCCGUGCAACACGCCAGGGACUCGCCUCGGCACCUGCGUGUUGGUGGGCGAGUGCGUGAGGCUCGAGCAGGUGUUCCUCGUGACCAACGCCGCCGGAGAUGUGGCCAGGACCACCAAGUUCCUCGUCGACCACCGGUGUGACACCAGGGAAGGUUCUGUUUACGUUUGCUGUCCAAAAGCCUAAUGUGAAAAGGCUUCCCUGAAGUUCCAUCGGCGCCAGUGUUGCAAAGGCUGAAGAUAUCGCUGGUGAUGCUGCCUCUCCUCUUCAGACGCUCAGGAAAAUUUUUAAAAUUUCAGGUUCAGAUCGAGUGUCAGGAAUAAGCCUGUUUUUGUGCGUGUAUGUGAUUGAUUU